CCAGCAAACAGAGAGCAGAUUCCUCACAAGAGUCUCCUGAGCCAUGGCAAUGGCUUCUCGGUGUCGGAAAUGUGGACAACAGGUACCCAGGAAUGCACCUUUCACCGCUGUCCGGAUAACAGAGGGGGAAAUGAAAUCUUACCAUGAUUUUAUAGGAGGAUGCGUUAGACUGGAGCGCAUGGCAAAGAGAGAUGAAAUCAUGCAGCAGGAGAUACGACCUCUGGUAGCAGUGGAUAUAAUAGAGCAGCUCCACCGGCAAUUUGCAAUCUUGUCAGGAGGAAGAGGGAAGGAUGGGGCACCCAUUAUAACAUUUCCAGAAUUUGCGGGAUUCAGUGAAAUACCUGAUGAAGAUUUUCUGAACGUGGUCACAUAUCUAACCAGCAUUCCCAGUCUGGAGGCUGCCAGCAUCGGGUUCAUCAUCAUCAUAGACAGACGGCGGGACAAAUGGAGCGCAGUCAAGGCAUCCCUGACACGGAUAGCAGGAGCAUUUCCAGGAAACCUCCAGCUGGUGUUUGUCCUGAGACCCUCCCGCUUUAUCCAAAGGGCAAUCGCUGACAUCGGCAUUAAACUCUAUCGAGAUGACUUUAAAAUGAAGGUACCGAUCAUCAUGUUAAACUCUGUCUCUGAUCUGCAUGGCUAUAUUGACAAAAGUCAGCUGACCCGGGAGCUGGGAGGGACCCUGGAGUAUGGCCACAGCCAGUGGAUCCAUCACCGAACUGCUAUUGAAAACUUUGCAAUGACAGUAAAAACAACAGCACAGAUGCUACAGACCUUCGGAACAGACCUAGCAGAGACUGAACUUCCCAACGAUGUGCAGUGCACAGAGGAGCUCCUCUCUGCACACACCGACCACCACAGCAAGCUGAAGGAUGAGCUGAAACUCGCAGUGAAGCAGGGGGCCACCCUACUGACAUGCAUUCGGGAGCCAGUCACCCGAAGUGCCAACAGCAAACUCAGUCCAGAUGAACUGGAAAAUGUGGCAACGGUAGAAAGGUUGUUGGCUCAGUUGGAUGAAACAGAAAAAGCUUUUGAUCAAUUUUGGACCAAGCAUCAUCUAAAACUAGAACAGUGCCUGCAGCUUCGACACUUUGAACAUGAUUUUAGAGAGGUAAAACUGACACUGGAUAACCUCAUGGAAGCACAGUCAGGUUUUGCUGACAUUGGAGACAGUGUGACUCGAGUGGAGCACCUCCUAAAAGAACAGAAACAUCUGGAAGAGAAAGGACAGGAACCUUUGGAAAAGGCCCAGUCCCUAGCUCUCCAUGGAGAACAGCUCAUCCAAAACAACCAUUAUGCAGUUGACUCCAUUAGACCAAAGUGUGUUGAACUCAGGCGGAUUUGUGAUGACUUUACCAAUGAGACCAAGAAAAAGUAUGAUAUUUUGGGAAAGUCUCUUGAGCUGCAUAAGCAGUUAGAUAAGGCAAGCCAAUGGUGCGAAGCUGGAAUCUACCUCUUAGCUUCCCAAGCUGUGGACAAGUGCCAGUCACAAGAGGGAGCUGAAACUGCACUCGUUGAAAUUGAGAAGUUCCUGGUAACAGCUAAGGAGCAUCAGCUCUCUAACCCGAAGGAGUUCUACAAUCAGUUUGACAUGAUCCUCACCCCUGAAAUAAAGGCCAAUGCCCAAAGAAUUGUACAAAAACUUGAAGAUGUACAAGAAAUGUUUGACAAGAGGCAAGUAAGUCUGAAGAAACUGGCAGCCAAACAGACCCGGCCAGUGCAGCCUGUUGCUCCACAUCCUGAAUCUUCCCCAAAGCGAGCAUCACCAAAGAUUACCAGACCAGCAGUAGUAGCUACCAACAGGAGGUCCACUGAAAUUUCCUGCCCUCCAAAGACCAUUUCUGAAGUAGAGUUAUCAAAAAAGAAAAGCAUUAAGAAGACUAAAGGUGGAAUUAAGAUUGAAGUGAUGCAUGAAGCUAGUCAAGGAGGAUCUAGCAGAGUCCUGGUGACGAGUGAAAGUGAUGAGAACCUGUCAACAAGGAGGAGGUAA